UUUUUUUUUUUUUAAUCCCCGCACCAAGCGCUUAACCUCAUUGGGGUGGAGGAGAAGGCGGCGGCUGUCCGGUCCGCAGCGGCAAACAGUAGCGAAUAAUAGGAUUAAUGGACUGCUGAAUUAUGAAGUAUUUCAGACCCAGUAGCAGAACAUCACUCAGCCACUCACUCCUUUAUCUCCUACUAGUUAUUUAAAUUGGACUUUUAAUAUCCUACCAGCUGCUCUUCAGACACACAUGGUGCAUUGUUACCAUUCCCCGGAUUGCAUCUUUGAAACACAAGCUCUUAGUAACCUUCAGCAAACAAAGAGGCAACCUCCCGGGUCCGUCUACCGGGAGGGAGUCAUCCUGACUGCCCUCUAGCUUUUGCUGGAUCUGGAUUUGAAUUCCACCAUGGAGCCUCGAAUGGAGUCCUGCCUGGCUCAGGUGUUGCAAAAGGAUGUGGGGAAACGACUGCAGGUUGGCCAAGAACUUAUAGACUAUUUCUCAGAUAAACAGAAGUCUGCUGACCUUGAGCAUGACCAGACCAUGUUAGAUAAGCUUGUGGAUGGACUCGCUACCUCUUGGGUGAACUCUAGUAAUUACAAGGUGGUUCUUCUGGGCAUGGACAUCCUGUCGGCUCUGGUGACCCGGCUGCAGGAUCGGUUCAAGGCGCAAAUCGGCACAGUGCUGCCAAGUCUAAUAGACAGACUGGGAGAUGCUAAAGACUCUGUGAGGGAGCAAGACCAAACUCUGCUGCUAAAGAUCAUGGAUCAAGCUGCUAAUCCCCAGUAUGUAUGGGACAGAAUGCUUGGAGGCUUCAAACACAAGAAUUUCCGUACAAGAGAAGGCAUCUGUCUCUGCCUUAUUGCAACACUCAAUGCCUCUGGAGCACAUACUCUGACACUAAGCAAGAUCGUGCCACACAUAUGUAACUUACUUGGAGACCCAAACAGCCAGGUUCGAGAUGCAGCAAUAAACAGCUUAGUGGAAAUUUACAGACAUGUAGGAGAACGUGUGAGGGCAGAUCUCAGUAAAAAAGGAUUGCCACAGUCCCGGCUGAAUGUCAUUUUUACAAAAUUUGAUGAAGUCCAAAAAUCUGGAAACAUGAUACAAUCUGCAAACGAUAAAAAUUUUGAUGAUGAAGAUUCCGUGGAUGGUAAUAGACCUUCCUCUGCCAGUUCUACGUCAUCCAAAGCUCCUCCAAGCUCACGGAGAAACGUUGGAAUGGGAACCACCCGCCGGAUUGGGUCAUCCACUCUUGGAUCCAAGUCUUCAGCUGCAAAGGAAGGUGCCGGUGCUGUUGAUGAAGAGGAUUUUAUUAAAGCAUUUGAUGAUGUACCUGUAGUGCAGAUUUAUUCCAGCCGCGAUCUUGAAGAAUCCAUAAACAAAAUUAGGGAAAUAUUAUCUGAUGACAAACAUGAUUGGGAGCAGAGAGUAAAUGCUCUAAAAAAGAUUAGAUCUUUACUUUUGGCUGGUGCUGCUGAGUAUGAUAACUUCUUUCAACAUCUGCGUCUUUUGGACGGAGCCUUUAAACUCUCUGCUAAGGAUCUGCGGUCUCAGGUAGUGCGGGAGGCUUGUAUCACGUUGGGGCAUCUGUCAUCGGUUCUAGGAAAUAAAUUUGACCAUGGAGCUGAAGCCAUUAUGCCAACUAUAUUUAAUUUGAUUCCAAACAGUGCCAAAAUUAUGGCCACUUCUGGUGUUGUAGCUGUUAGAUUAAUCAUUCGGCACACACACAUCCCUCGACUAAUACCUGUUAUAACAAGCAACUGUACCUCUAAGUCUGUUGCAGUUAGAAGGCGCUGUUUUGAAUUUUUAGAUUUGCUUCUACAAGAAUGGCAGACACAUUCACUGGAAAGACACAUAUCAGUAUUAGCUGAAACAAUAAAGAAGGGAAUCCAUGAUGCUGAUUCUGAAGCAAGAAUAGAAGCCAGGAAAUGUUACUGGGGCUUCCAUGGUCACUUCAGCAGAGAAGCAGAGCACUUAUACCAUACUCUGGAGUCCUCCUACCAGAAAGCCCUGCAGUCCCAUUUGAAGAACUCGGACAGCAUAGUGUCUCUGCCCCAGUCUGAUCGUUCAUCUUCCAGCUCUCAGGAGAGUCUCAAUCGGCCGCUCUCUGCCAAAAGAAGCCCAACUGGCAGCACCACAUCUAGAGCUUCUACAGUUAGCACCAAAUCUGUAUCAACAACUGGAUCCCUCCAGCGAUCUCGAAGUGACAUCGAUGUGAACGCAGCUGCCAGUGCCAAAUCUAAAGUCUCCUCGUCUUCAGGCACGACGCCCUUCAGUUCUGCAGCGGCUUUGCCUCCAGGGUCCUAUGCAUCUUUAGAGUCCAGACCCCUGAGGGAAGACUUGGAGUACAUAGGCCUGGAUGCAGGUCGCAUCCGCACAAGACGACAAAGCUCCGGGAGUGCCACCAAUGUUGCUUCAACACCUUCUGACAGUCGGGGCCGCAGUCGUGCUAAAGUGGUUUCACAGUCUCAGCCUGGCAGUCGGUCGAGUUCCCCCGGGAAAUUGUUGGGAAGUGGCUAUGGUGGACUUGCUGGUGGUUCUUCGAGAGGCCCACCUGUGACACCAUCUUCAGAAAAACGAAGCAAGAUUCCCAGGAGUCAGGGGUGUAGCCGUGAAACAAGUCCAAACCGAAUAGGAUUAGACCGAUUUGGGCUGGGCCAGCCAGGAAGAAUACCGGGUUCCGUGAAUGCCAUGCGGGUUUUGAGCACCAGUACAGAUCUGGAAGCUGCAGUUGCUGAUGCUUUGAAGAAGCCUGUGAGGAGGAGAUACGAGCCAUAUGGGAUGUAUUCUGAUGACGACGCUAACAGCGAUGCCUCAAGUGUUUGCUCUGAGCGCUCCUAUGGCUCCAGGAAUGGCGGCAUUCCCCAUUAUUUGCGGCAGACUGAGGAUGUAGCAGAAGUUCUCAACCAUUGUGCAAGUUCAAACUGGUCAGAAAGGAAAGAAGGGCUGCUGGGCUUGCAGAACUUGCUAAAGAGCCAAAGAACACUGAGUCGAGUAGAAUUGAAGAGAUUGUGUGAGAUCUUCACCCGAAUGUUUGCUGACCCUCAUAGCAAGAGAGUUUUCAGUAUGUUCUUGGAGACUCUAGUGGAUUUUAUAAUAAUUCAUAAGGAUGACUUGCAAGACUGGCUUUUUGUCCUUCUCACACAAUUACUUAAGAAAAUGGGAGCAGAUUUACUUGGCUCUGUGCAAGCAAAAGUUCAGAAGGCCCUAGAUGUCACAAGGGACUCCUUUCCAUUUGAUCAACAGUUUAACAUUUUGAUGAGAUUUAUUGUGGAUCAAACUCAGACUCCAAACCUCAAGGUCAAAGUUGCAAUCUUGAAAUACAUUGAGUCUCUGGCCAGACAGAUGGACCCAACAGAUUUUGUAAACUCCAGCGAGACGAGGCUUGCUGUUUCUAGAAUCAUUACCUGGACAACAGAACCAAAGAGUUCAGAUGUGAGAAAGGCAGCACAGAUUGUGCUCAUCUCUCUGUUUGAAUUGAACACUCCGGAAUUUACCAUGUUACUUGGUGCCUUGCCCAAAACAUUCCAGGAUGGUGCCACCAAACUCCUGCAUAACCACCUCAAGAACUCCAGUAACACGAGUGUGGGAUCUCCAAGCAAUACAAUUGGCCGGACGCCCUCCCGACACCCCAGCAGCAGGACCAGCCCUCUGACCUCACCUACCAACUGUUCCCAUGGGGGUCUAUCACCAAGCAUGCUGGACUAUGACACAGAGAACCUGAACUCAGAAGAAAUCUAUAGUUCUCUGAGGGGAGUUACAGAAGCCAUUGAAAAGUUUAGUUUCCGAAGCCAAGAAGAUCUGAAUGAGCCAAUUAAGCGCGAUGGCAAAAAGGACUGUGAUAUCGUGUCCCGUGAUGGAGGAGCUGCCUCGCCAGCCACCGAGGGCCGGGGAGGCAGUGAAGGGGAGGGAGGCAGGACAGCUCUGGACAACAAGACCUCCCUCCUCAACACCCAGCCUCCGCGUGCCUUCCCAGGGCCGCGUGCACGGGAGUACAACCCGUAUCCCUACUCAGACACCAUCAACGCCUAUGACAAGACCGCCCUGAAGGAGGCCGUGUUUGACGAUGACAUGGAGCAGCUCAGAGAUGUGCCCAUUGACCAUUCUGACCUGGUGGCUGACCUGCUGAAAGAACUGUCCAACCACAACGAGCGGGUGGAGGAGCGGAAAGGUGCCCUGCUAGAGCUGCUCAAGAUCACCAGGGAAGACAGCCUGGGCGUCUGGGAGGAGCACUUCAAGACCAUCUUGCUGCUGCUGCUGGAGACCCUUGGAGACAAAGAUCAUUCAAUUCGAGCACUGGCAUUGCGAGUUUUACGGGAAAUUCUGAGAAACCAGCCUGCAAGAUUCAAAAACUACGCUGAGCUGACGAUCAUGAAGACUCUGGAAGCCCACAAAGACUCCCACAAGGAGGUGGUGCGAGCUGCUGAGGAGGCUGCCUCCACACUGGCCAGUUCCAUCCACCCAGAGCAGUGCAUCAAAGUGCUCUGCCCCAUCAUCCAGACAGCCGACUACCCCAUCAACCUGGCCGCCAUCAAGAUGCAGACCAAAGUCGUGGAGAGAAUCGCCAAGGAGUCCUUGCUGCAGCUCCUCGCCGACAUCAUCCCGGGCCUGCUGCAGGGUUAUGACAACACGGAAAGCAGUGUGCGGAAGGCCAGCGUGUUUUGCUUAGUGGCAAUUUAUUCCGUAAUCGGAGAAGACCUGAAACCUCACCUCGCACAGCUCACGGGGAGCAAGAUGAAGCUACUAAACUUAUACAUAAAGAGGGCACAGACCACCAACAGCAACAGCAGCUCCUCCUCCGACGUCUCCACGCACAGCUAGUGGCAGUGCCAGUCUCUGUGCAGAGUCAAACGCCAUCGGUGGUGCCUCAGACCCCCAUCGGCUGCCCAGUCAGUACGAGGAGGCCCGCACAUAUUUAUUACAAUCAGUAUUUUGGUCCCUUCCAGCUUUUGUGUAGAAUCUUACUGGUAUUGAAUGUAACGGAAGCAAGGCCUGUAUCGCCGUCUUCGUAGAGACGAAAGGAAUGAGAACAACAAGAGCCAUACUUACACACGUCUUGUACCGCCUGUUGCAAUCACAAAAUCAUGUAUGUGGGGUGCAGUUUUUAACAAUCAGAGCUCUCUAGCCAAUGCUUGGUAGACAGUAGCUUUUUUCUUUUUUUUUCAAUUAAUAAUGGAUGUGGGGGUGUUCCUUAUUCUCAGCUUACAUUCUUAUGAAUAUGGCCUGUGUGAGGCGAAGCCCCCUACUCUUUUCCCAUCUGAUACCAAGAAAGGGUGCAUGUCUUUAGGUUGGUUUUGAGACCUCCUAAAAGUGGAACUCAAGCCUUAGCAGGAAAAGGAGAAGAGCUGGAAGCUGGUCUGUCAGUUAGCUCACGCAAAGUGGAGCCGGCUGUCCUGGCUUGGAACACAGGGUCAGGAAGGCCCCUCUGAACAACUCAUCAGAUGUCCCUGCCCCAGAGCUGCCAUGCCAGAAGAAUUCUUGAAGUAUAAGUCCAACCAUACUUAUAAUUGAUCGCAUCCAUCAGAGAUGGAUCGCAUCAUGUGAUGCGCAGAAGGUAUAAGUCUGUCUCUCUCCCUGCUAAGGUCUUGGGGAAUGGCUGUUGAGAUAGGGAUUCUCCCAGGACUCCCCGGGUCAGUAAUUCAAAUCUGGUGCCAUCUCCCUUCCCUCCCCAUCAGCUUUGCCUAAGCUGUUCAGUUCUAAAAUGUUCUCAGCUAAUCUAGCAAACGCCUACUUUACCAGCCCAGUUUUGGCUUCUCUAUGUAAUUUGAGAUCAAGAGCAAAAAAAAAAAAAAAAAAAGUGUAGAAAAAUCAUGUUUAUCCAAAUCAUUUUUAAUUUUAUAAGUUGAAGUACUUCCUUGAUUGUUAGUCACUGUUUAAGGUGAGCGGCAGAUGGCAGAACUACAGGAUUUGAAACACACCUUUAGAGUCUGUUUCCUUCCCAGGGAAACCACCGGCUCUUUAAGCUCUUUAGGGUGUAAUUGCUACAAAGAAAUGAGUCUUGAGUAAAGUUCUUAAGCCAGAUGGCAGUCUAAUGCAAUCAUGAAAUCAUCUGCCAUCACUUACUGUUAGAUCCUCUGAUUGAACUGACCCUCCAUAAGGAAAGUGCUUCCUUGGACAUUAAUUUUAGUGAGGUCUUGGCUGUCCCAGUGCAGAGUCCUCUGCAGCUGUGAGGACUGAAACCAAGGCUGAGGCACCGGAGUGUGUGCUUCUCAUCCCCCAUUCCCACCACCCCCUCUCUGGCCCUCUAGAUUUGACAGGGGAAGUUGUGAAAGAUAGGUAAUAUAUUUGGAAACAGAUACUGAGUAUGAAUACCCCCUGAUUUCCAGGUGUGUGUGUGUAGGGGAUAUCUUAUCAGGUGUCAGGUACCCCACUACUGCUGCUUAGGGAACUUGAGGGGUGCAUCUAAGUGGUUGACUAUUAUUGACUGACUUUGGCUCAAAACAGCAGGACCAGGCCUUACUUUCAAUGAUAAAUACUGUUCGUGUGUUUGCUUGUUAAUAGUUCAUUAAUGGGAUUUUGUUUUUAUACUCUCCUGAGUCCCAGCAUCUGUUGGUCGCCCCUCUGUGUGGAAACCCGUCCUGGUGAGGUCUUCUCUAUGGGUUCUCCUACACCUAAUCAGUCAGACCCUUCUUCUGGAGCUCUUUGGCUUCCAAAAGGUCACCACACCCCCAGUGUAGUUGGAAGGCUCUCAAACAUUGCCUGAUGUCCUCCCGUACUUACAAAGGGCUAGCCUUGAAUGUCACUUGCGCCCUCUUCAAUCUCCUGACUAGAGACAGAGAACAAUCACUUCACAGGUCAUUUGGCCUCAAUCUGAAAAUCGCUGCCCACCGUGCCACGCCGAGGAGACUCGCAUGCCGCCACCACCUCACCAGGGUGGCUGUGUCCACGCCGGCUGCCCUCCAAACCCUGACAGCGCAGCUGCCUUGCCUUGCCGCCACCCUCUGCAGGGCUCCUGUUCAGAUGAAACCAUGGGACACCCCAGAGCAGAGCAAAAACUGUUGCCUCCCAUCUGCCUGACUGUCCAGGGCCUCGGACGCUCUCUUGCCCCAGGCUAGGGGCUGGUUCAUCUGACUCUGCUUCCCUGAAAGCUGCUGCCACCCUCCUCAGACCACAGUCCUGCAGGUGCAGCCGGUCCCUGAGGCACGCGGCUUUCUUCAAGUGCACUGCGUGUGCUUCUGGACCCGGUGCCACAGGGGGCCCCCUGCAGCCUCUUCUGUGGCUCACACUAGCUUCCCAGCCCCCCAGGUAAUGCAGAUGAUUUUGUCUCAUCAACCCUUUUCUUUCCCUGCCACCCUUACUUAUCAAGCAUAAUAAUACACUUUAAAAGACAGCAAAUAAGGACUUUGUAGAACCCCAAGACUCUGCUAACAAUGUUUGGAAAUGAGAAAAGAAAUGCUCUGAAAAAUAUCAGCCACCAAAAUAGUUUUGGCACUGUGUUCACGCGCAUGGUCCCCCCACACCCAGAUUGGGUGUUUUGUUUUGUUUGGGUUUUUUUGGGCUUUUUCAUGUUACAUCCAUAUCUGUAUUUAUAUCUUAUUUGUUUCACUUUCACGUGUAUCAUGGCAAAUGUACAGAUUUUUUUGUUAAUAAUGUGCUAGGAUUUGCUAAAAAAGAAAACAAACAAAAAAAAACCCUUUUGAGUUUGCCCUAGAAUAAAUGAAACUUAAUUCAG